AUGGCGAAAGUUAGAAGGGCUAGGCGCAGAGUUUCUGCCCGACGGAUCAGAGCAAGGCCAUACAAAUUCACAUCUUCGAAGAAGAGGAGCGUGCUUGCAGCAAACAAGUGUCCAAGGGUGAUGGAGAAGAACGAGUGGGAGGAUGCUGUAUGUUCCGUUUGUAUGGAGUGUCCUCACAAUGCUGUGCUUCUCCUCUGUUCAUCUCACGACAAGGGUUGUCGUCCUUACAUGUGUGCAACCAGCUUCCGGUAUUCCAACUGCUUAGAUCAGUACAAGAAGGCGUCGGCUAAGCUACUGCCAUCGCAUCAGCAACCGAUUGAUAGUAAGUCUGAGCUUGCCAAUCUAAAAUGCCCACUGUGUAGAGGCCAGGUCAAAGGUUGGACGAUUGUGCAGCCUGCAAGAGACGAUCUGAAUCUGAAGAAGAGGAGCUGUAUGCAGGAGAGUUGCACAUUUGGUGGAAGCUUUAAGGAGCUGAGGAAACACAUGAAAUCGGACCAUCCUUGUGCUCAGCCGCGUGAAGUGGACCCUGAUGUGGAGCAGAAAUGGAGAAGCUUCGAGGUUGAGCAGGAACGUAACGAUGUGAUCAGCACAAUCAGGUCGACGAUGCCUGGUGCCACGGUUUUCGGGGAUUACGUGAUUGAGAGAGGUGCAUACGGUUCAGAUUCAGACGAGGAUGAUAAUGAUGAUGAUGAGCAGAGUGAGGAGGUAGGGAGGAUUACUGCUGGAAUAGGUAGAAACCUAGUGAAUGUGUUCCUUCUGUUGCAGUCUUUUGGAGCAUCAGGAGACAACAACAACGCAAGGCGCUCUGAUUCGACUGGUCUUGCAUCUGACACAUCACACGAUCUAGGAACGGAUGCAAAUGGCUUAACGAUCGACGAGAGUGAUGUGGAAUCCUCUGGACCUGAGGAGGAUGGGGCAGUGUCGUUGGCAAACCGGAUCAGGAGCCAAAGAAGGAUUCUCUUGGGGAGAUCAGUUAGUAGGAGACGUAGAGAUGUAGAUAGAGAAGCUAACCAGAACUCAGACCAUCCUAGAUGA